AUGUCGACACAAAGUACAUUUAAAAAAGCAUUCAAGUACAUGUGCACUACGCACUUUUGGGGUCCUGUCUCCAACUUUGGUAUCCCCGUUGCAGCAAUAAUGGACUUGAAAAAGGACCCAGAUUUAAUCUCUGGACCUAUGACUGGGUCAUUGAUUCUUUACAGUUUGGUGUUUAUGAGGUAUAGUAUGGCUGUGACACCAAAGAAUUAUCUCUUGUUUGGAUGCCAUUUAGUUAACGAGAUUGCACAAUUGGGCCAAGGUUACCGUUGGGUAAGUUACCAUUACCUGGAUGAAGGUAAAGCCAAGGACAAGGCAGAGAGAGAAGCAGAAGCAGCAAAGAAGGCACUUGGAGCUACUAAAAGUUAG